CCUUUAUGUGACUAAAUCACCAUGACUGCAUGUUUGGGACCUCUCAUUUAUCCUACUUCAAGUAAUACAGUGCAUGUGAAUCCACUGUAAUGGAGUUGCUGCUGGAGCUGUUUCUUGUCAUCUGCAUAUCAGGAGUGGAAGUGUCUACUCAAAUUAUUCCAGAAGUGCUGAAUGGCCCAGUGACACAGACUGUCCCUGAGACACAGUCUGAAGCUCAGUUCACCUGUCAUGCUCGAGCCUCUGCCGUAUUCUGGUACAUCAAUGGAGAUGAUCUCUUUAUCAGUGUUCCAAAUUGGAUAAUACUGUAUGACGAUAUACAUGACUUUGCUAAUGUUGAGGUGACGAGAAGACUCGGUGUGAUAACUCAAGGGCGUAAUGGGACAAAGAUUGAGUGUUUUGCUACAGGCUCUGAUCAGGGCACUGAUAGAUCUGCACCUGCUUUUCUGUAUACUAUCGCUCUUCCAUCACCACCAAAUGGAUUCAGUUACUCUAUUCCGAGCAGCUCAGCCAAUGAAGUCAGUGUGACUGUCGAUUGGGACCCUCCUACUGCGUUUUGUAAUAGAGAUAACGUCACCUACACAGUGACCAUCUCACCUCCGGCCCAGCUCUCUGCUACUGUCCUCACAUCCACCUCUUUUACUAUGACUGCUCAAUACAAUGUGGACUACAAUAUCAGUGUUGUGGCUACCAACUGUGCUGGGAGCAGUGCAACCGCUAUGUAUAACUUUAGUAUUGAGGGCUGUCUUGUUUUGACCGACCCCAUGAAUGGAAUAUUUGGACUAGUCUCCAACAGAUUGCCAGGAUCCAUGGUAACCAUCCAGUGUGUAGCUGGGUAUGUAUCUGCUAUUAAGAUGGUGACUUGUGAGGAUACACUGAUGUGGAGUCCAGACCUUGAGGGUAUUGAGUGUACAUCAUUAACUCAGCCUCCUCCCACAACUCCUCCUUCAAUGAACUGCACAGUUCCACUGCCCUCACCACAGAAUGGUACCAUCAGCGAUCAUUCAGUACCAGCUAUACCCGGUACACAAGUGACCUUCCAGUGUAACGAUGGGCUAUUCCCCGAGGGGCUACUGACUGCCACAUGCCUAGAUACAGGAGAGUGGGACAAUAAAUCAGGGGAGAUUGUCUGCAGAAGAGAAUCUAUUUCCUGUGUCCUGCCUGCCCCUCCUCUCAAUGGAGUGUUACUCAACACAAACAAUCAGAACACUAACCAAACUGAGGGCUCAGUCAUUACCUUCCAAUGUGGUCUUGGGUUCUCACUGGUGGGUGCAGCGACUGCCACUUGUAACAACUCCGGUCUCUGGUAUCCUGACCCGGCUCUAUUGGAGUGUGUGGAAGUGACAAGCGGAAGCAUUGCUGCUGUAGCUGGACGUGUUGUUAGCGGUGUGUUUGUGGUGGCACCGAUAGUCAUGUGGCUCAUACUUCUCUUAGUCAGUCUCGUCAACAAAGGAAAACACAGUCAACUGUCAGACAACGAACUACUAAAAGCCCCGUCUGGUUCAGUACAUGAGGAAGUUGGUCUAGCAAUGUCACCAAAAGUACAAGAAAUCCAAUUAGAGUCAAAUAAUAAAAAACAAACGGAAAAUCUAUACAUUCAGUCGCAGUAAAAACCAUGCUGAAGAAAUCGAUACGUGCAUGAGUAUAAUAUUAUAAUAGCUAUAAAUAUGGCUAAAGUUGAUAGCAGCUUUUGAAUUAACUUAACUGUUUAUUUGUUAAUUUACAUGCACGCAAGCAAAAGUAUAUUUCCAGUCACAGUUGUUUUUUUUACAUGCAGGAUAUAAUUUUAUAUAGACUAUAAUUUAUAAUAGUGUCUGUUUACUUAUAAUUAUAGCUGUGUAGUUUUGGAGAUAGAUUAUAUACGCUCCACAAAAUCUUGAA